GGCUGCUCGUGGAGAUUACAUGCAUUAAUCAACAUCCAUGUCAGGAAGCUCGUGAUCGGUGGGCCGCAGGAACCGCAAGAACCGCCGUCGGAAGUUGAAUACGCAUCGCAGGGGCGCACGUGGGAGAAGAAUUGGCCCUUGCUUCAUGUCACAGCGGAAGCUAAUGUGGCACGUUGAGUUAUCCGCUUCACUCACACCAAUGGUGGACCUUCAUAGCGGUGGGCCUCAACUUUAUUCUGUUCCCUUCCCCCCACUCUUCUUGUUUCUUGCUUCUUUGUCCAGCCUUGAGGCUUGUCUUCGGUCACGUACAAACCAUGCCACCCUCAUCUGCCAUGUUCUUCCUCCUCGAUCUGUCCUACCCCUAUCUUGCCCUAUGUUUCGAGCCGCAUUCUUUAAAUCGGAGGUAGCAUUUUUCGACGAUCAAUGGCACAUCUGUCAUAAUACUAUGGGUCCUGUCCUGAUAAAUGAGCCGUCCCCCUGAGAUAAGAACCGCGCAGUGCGAUAAGAUCUAAAAAAUGACGAAGUUCCGUUCGAGGUUAUAUAAAACCGAUCGUGCUCGGGAUUUUGACCAUGAACAGGACCGCCAUGUGCGCAUGCGACAAGUUUACGAAACCAUCGAUCGACAGGGUUAUCAAUGGAUUGUGGUGUUUGUGGCCGGGGUGGGCUUCUUCCUCGAUGGAUAUACACUAUUUGCAAGCAACAUGGCCUUCCCGAUGCUAUCCUACGUCUACUGGAAAAAUGAAACGUCUUCUAAGAAACUCACCAAUAUCAACAUUGCCACAUUGGCCGGUACCAUGCUGGGGCAAGUACUAUUUGGGUAUCUGGCAGACAAGUAUGGGCGGAAGAAGAUGUACGGCCUGGAGCUGAUGCUCCUGAUCACCUCGACCCUCGGUGUGGUCAUGGCUUCAAAUGGCGUAAACCAUAGUAUGAAUGUGUAUGCGUGGUUGAUAUGGUGGAGAAUCGUGGUCGGCAUCGGCGUUGGGGCCGAUUACCCACUGAGUGCUGUCAUCACAUCUGAGUUUGCUCCCACAAAGCAUCGGGCGCGAAUGAUGGCAUCGGUCUUUUUCAUGCAGCCUCUCGGUCAGAUCACCGGAAAUAUUGUGUCGCUGAUUGUAUGCGCGGCCAGCAGAAGCCGAGGGGACGAAGACCUGACCCGCACUGUGGAUAUCAUGUGGAGGUGGGUCAUUGGGAUCGGGGUGGUUCCUGGUGUAAUCGCAACGGUCUUCCGGUUCAUUAUUCCAGAAAGUCCCCGGUUCCUGCUGGAGAUCGAGGACGACCCCGUGCAGGCAGAAUUCGACGCAACCACCCUCUUUAACGAACCGAACAACUCUCCCUCUGUGGAAACAGACAGUUGGCACAACUUACCCCUUCCGGCGAUCUCAAUGACGAGUCAAUGCUUUUCCGAUCGAUCCCCCUCGGAAACAGAAAUUCUCCAGCCCGCCACUCUCAACUCCCACUGGCACUUAACAAGAAAGGACAUCACACAGUAUUUCUGGACUGAGGGAAACUGGCGCACUCUCGCUGCUACCUCCCUGUCCUGGCUUUUGCUCGACUUUGGCUUCUACGGAAUUGGCCUGUCGAGUCCACAGUUUCUGGCCAAGACAUGGGGUUCCCUCAAGCUCCACGGUGCAGCACCUGUCUGGCAGACGAACGAUGCACCGAACGCCGAUGUCUUCAAAAUGUUUCUAGAUAGCUCUACGCAUGCCCUGGUCAUCCUAAACAGUGGUAGUUUCCUUGGGGGCUUACUCUUGAUUCUCGUCAUCCACCGUCUUGAUCGUGUCGCACUCCAAAAAUACGGGUUUUUGGCACUGGCCGCCCUCUUCAUCGCCCUGGGUACUAUGUUCCUGACCGUCCACAAAGAAGGUGCUGUAGCCGUGGCCUUAUACAUCGUCGGUCAGGCAUUCUUCAACUUUGGCCCCAACGCAACCACCUAUAUAAUUCCCGCCGAGAUCUUCCCCACCCGGUACCGUGCUACCUGCCACGGAAUUAGUGCCGGCGCUGGCAAACUCGGCUCGAUUCUGGUUCAAAUAUUCUCCGCACACUUUAACUUCGGUUCAGGUCUCGGUGAUGAGCCCAUCAUCCGCCACGGCUGGGUUCUAAUCGUCUUCAGUGUGUGCAUGAUACUUGGUGCGGUGGUCACGCAUUUCUGGAUCCCGCCUGUGCAGCGACAAGAUGGCAAGGGGAAGUUCUGGGGUGGGAAGACGGAGACCUUGGAGACCUUGGCACUCGGGAGGAUGGGAUGGAAGAGCCGGUAUGCUGUGAAACUGCGAGACAGAGAGAGGAUUGUGUCACCGACCUUUUCGCCGGGAGGGUUUGGGUUAUAGUAUAUAGUACGGUGGAUAUUGCACUGUCCGUAUGGUGUUUGCCUGGGCUAGACACCAGUUUACUCUUCUUGUACAUACAAAUUUACAUACAUAUAUU